AUGGACAAUAUUGAACCCGGUGGCAAUGUUUCUCUCUUGAAUUUGCAAGAACCCGUAUUGGAUUGCAUUCUAAAGCUCCUUUCACCAAUGGGUCUCAUUAGGAUGCCUGAAGUGUGUACUUUUUUUAGGGAUAGAUGUGGAAGUGACCCUCUGUGGGAAGUCCACAUGAAGAAGAAAUGGGGUGGAGUCAUUGGUGAUGUUGCUUACAAGGAGUGGCAGAGGCAUAUCACCAAAGCAAAGGAGAAAGGAAUUAACCAAUCGAAUCAACACAACAUUCAGAAUGGAUCAGUGGGGUCUUUCAGGGAGAAUGGCAAUUUCUGGUUUCCAGCUCAAACCUUCACGGGGUUCGUGACGCCUUACUUAGAUAUGAUUGCAAAUCUGAUGACUUUGAAGGAAGGUAAUGGGAGAAGGGGAAAUAUUUAG